UAUAUUUGUUGUGCUGCUCACAAGGCUACAUCAGAAAAGUCAUAUUAUUCGGAAAGCAUUUGAAACAUUGCGAAAUGAUCGAUAAAACGUGACGACGACGUCUGAAAACAAUUUCGUUUAUCGUGUAAAAAAUAUUAUUUUUAAAUGUUGUUUUACAGUGCGCUCUUUGUGUGUUUCUUGGUUGUUCUGGCUUCCGACAAUACAGAAGUAAAAAAGGCAGAACCAGACAAAAUAGAAACAAUAUUCGCUGACGUCAUUAAAAACAUUUCACGGGUCAACAACGUAUUACAAGAGCUUAUCAAUAAUUAUGAACAAUUACAAAAAGUAUACAUAUCUCAAGAGAAUUUUGAUAGACCAGAAUUGUCAAGUCAAGGGGACACUGAGCACUCAUCUCAAAAUAUCAAAAAGCCAAAGACACCUACACCUUACGUGCAUAAACAGGCAGGUACACGAAUGAUACUAUCAGACACCGAAAUAGAUAAAACCACCAAAGGUAGGACUGAUAAAACGGUUAUAAAAAAAACGACAGCGUACGAUCCCACGGCUUUAUCAGAUUCUUCUGACAUGGAAAAAAUUAUACAAAGAGAUGUUAAAAAACUCAAACAACUAGAAGAGUCAAGAAAUGUUAAAAAAGCAGCUACAGAUACACUCGCAGCAAGUAUACCGCAAAGACAGCCAGUAAUACAUCCUAACUUACACAGUAAAGAAGAUAAAAGUAAAGAAUCUCAAAAUACAAAAAUAAUUUUCAUUAACACUCAAAAGAAAGUGAGAGAUAAAACAGACAAAGAGCCAAAAACAAUGGGUGAACAGACAGUUGACGACAAUUCUAUGAAAUUAAAUCCGAAGUAUGAUACGAAAGAUAUACUUAAUAAGGACGAGUUAAAUAGUAAUGUGAGACCACAGAAUGUGAAUGAUAGAAAUAUUUCUAGUAUCGUAAUAAAUAAAUUACAUUCUUAUUCUAUCGACGGUCUAGGAAAACCGCUAGAUGUAGAAAUACAAAUAGGUGUAAAUCCAGAAAAUUCAAAAGACGUAGAGAAGCAACGGGAUGCAGAUAAAGAAAGAAAUCAACUAAAUUCAAAGUAUUUAGUAAAACAAGAAAUGCCAAGGAAUGUAGAUAAAUUCAGAAAGGUAACUACAGAAGAUCCAAAUGAUCCAGAUAACCAAAGAAAUUAUGCGAGUCCAAGGAAUGCAGAUAUUAUAAAGAGUCCAGACAACCCAAGUAAUAGACACAGAGAAUCAGAAAAUCCAAGAGGUACAGGAAAUUUAUCUCAUAAAGAAGCCCUCAAAAGACCAGGAAAUCAGGAACAUCCUAUUUAUUCAAAAGAAUUUGGUCACGCUACGGCUUCAGAAGAAAAAUAUGUUUUGACCGACGAUGAUGAAAGCAUUCAUAUAAAUAAAAAACUCAAAACUGUGAAUAACAUUGCAGUAUCUCAAAUUGAAACAGCUACGUUAAGGACUCAUGUGGAUAAUAAAUCUGCUCAGAAAAAUCAAGGAGACACGUCUUCAGAUAUAAGCGAUGAUGACGAUGCGUUGACUAAAGACAUGUUUAAAACCAGUGUGCUACGCCAAGCCUAUGGGGACGCCUGUCUCAAGCUUGUGGUUCGGAAAUGUUAUCGGGCAUGCAAAAAAGUUUAUGUGACAUCCUGCAAAACAACUCAUUGCAAGUCUGACUUAAAAGAAAUAUUCCAAAGAAGUUCUAGAACUGGUUGUAUCAAGGAAUUUGUAGACAAGAAAGAAGAUUGUGAUAGUGAUAAAAAGCACGCAUUUCGAGCUGGAGAGAGCCCCGACGGUCUUCAUGUGGAUAUAACAAGAGAAGGCUAUCUAGCAGUAGCCUGUCAGCCACAAACUGGUACCGGACUGUCUGAACUUAGACGACACCUACUCCCAAACAAAGGUACAAUAAAUGCAAGCAACGUGAAUUCAAAAGGCAAUGAUAUCGAACUAAACUUACUGAGAGAUCGUUACGAGAAGGCCUGUCAGAAACUAUCCCGAGGUAAAUGUACCACAGCUUGCAAUUACGCUCAAAAUGCCACAUGUGUCAAAUUUGAAUGCGGGAAGAAGUUGAAGAAGAAUUUGAGAAGAAAUUGUAAGGCUAAAUGUAGGAUAGCUUACUCUAGUACUUCGAAGAAGAAGGGUAGUGGCAGUGGCAGCGACAGUGGUAGUGAUAGUGAUGAUGAUGAUUCAGGCACUGAUGAUUCGGGUGAAUCGGAGAGUGAGUAAUCGGCGAAUUGAUUUAAGACCUUCUUGAGACACGAUUAAGGGAUUUUGAUCAAUAUAUGGCGCUAGUGCAAACAUCUCGGCUUCGUCCAAUAGGGAAUUAGCUAAUGUCACGCCAUUGGACGUUAAAUUUUUGUAGCAGCAGUGAUUGGACAAAAAAUCUCUUUCUACAUUUCCGCCAUUUGGUAAGCAAAAAUACGGUAACUCAUUCGUGUCUCAUGUAGUAGUCAAAAGGAUGGAGAUUAAAAAUGGUCUUUCCAAGUUUGGAAGAAGAAUUGAUAAAUUAGUUUGUAGAUAUAGAAGUAACAAUAAAAUAGUUAUA